AUGCUUCUGGGAAGUGUGACACUAAAACAUUCUGUCUGUCUGUCUGUGCUGCCUGCAGAUAUGGUGAGGAAAAAGAACCCCCCUUUGAGAAGCUUCGGCGGUGAGGAAGAAGGAGAAGGUGAGGCUCUGGCCGCGGAGGCCACCGGGCCGGAUAGCGAGGACAGUGCCGGGAGCCGGUCCUCAGAGCCCAACGGUGCCGACGGGCUGCUGUCGGCCGAACUAGGCCGGGCCCACGUGCCAGUCCCAGACGAGCAGGAGGACUCCUGUUCCUCCCCGGGCUCCGUCUCAGGCUCCAUCAAGCGGGACGGAGGAGGGAGGGGCGGUGGAGGAGUGGGAACAGCGGCGGCAGUCAACACCGACAGGCCUGUCUUUAAUUACCCCAGCCACAAGAAGGGAGGAAAUGUAGCGUCCUUCCCCUGCCAUGAGGUGACAGACUCAGAUCUGCCGGCGCUCCCAUCCUGGGCCGGGCCCGACGGGGCUGUGUCUCUGUCUCUGCGCAGAUCAGAACCAGAUGAUGGGGACGGGAGACAGGCACGCAGCCCGGCGGGGGAGCUGCUGCUGGGGAAUGCCAGGGAGAGAGGAGGGGGAGAAAGGGUGGGUGUCAGGGAGGGGUUGUUGCUGGGCGCCCGAGGGAGGGGCGUCAUCAUCCAGGGCUUCACCAGUAACGGGGAGGACAAGGACCACUCCUACAGCCCCACAGGGGGGAUCUCAGUCCACCAGGAUGGGGUGGAGGGCUCUGGAAACCCCUUGCUACGCCCCCUCCACCCACAUAGGGGGGCAGGCGAGGGGGCCGAGAACAUCACGCCCAGCCCCCUGGGGGCCUGCUCUCCCAAACUGCAGGACUUCAAGUGCAACAUCUGUGGGUACGGUUACUACGGGAACGACCCCACGGACCUGAUCAAGCACUAUCGGAAGUACCACCUGGGCCUGCACAACCGCACGCGGCAGGACGCAGAGCUGGACACUAAGAUACUGGCCCUGCACAACAUGGUGGGCUUCUCCCCACAGAGCCAACACGCCAAAGACACUACACGGCCCCCGUCUUACACCGCCCUGACCGGGGCACCACAGGACUCUACAGGGUCCCCACGCUUCUUACUUAACGGCACCUACGACGUGCAGGUGACGCUGGGAGAUACCUUCAUCGGCAUCGGGAGGAAGACUCCGGACUGUCAGGGAAACACCAAGUACUUCCGCUGCAAGUUCUGUAACUUCACCUACAUGGGAAGCUCCUCAGUGGAGCUGGAGCAACACUUCCUUUCUGCCCACCCCAACAAGAUGAAGUCCCAGCCCCCGCCGCUGCCGAACGACGACAAGCCCUCGGAAAGGAAGGGGAACUAUGUGACACGGGGUGGUGGCGUGGAGGGGGCGGAACCGGGAAAGUGGGAGGACCGGGUCGCGGUCCGUGCGGAGGACGACUCGGUGGCUGGCUACUCCGUCCCCAUCCACACCACAGACUCGCCGGGCAGGACGGGGGCCACAGACUCGCCUGGCUGUACGGGGUCCGACGGCGGCGCCACAGCGUUGGCCUAUUACUGGUGUAAGUACUGCAACUUCAGCUGUGAGUCGCCCAGCUCACAACGCCUCCUGGAGCAUUAUGAGAAGAGACACCGACAACCUGGAGGAGGAGGAGGGGGGACCAGGGAGGGCAGCCCAGCCAAGAGGGAGCGAUGGAGCAGCAAAUCCAGGGACGGAGAGAGAGACCCCCAUAGCCGGAGGAAAGACAAGACAGGAACGAGUGGCUCGAUGGGCGCAACGGACUCGGAGACGGUGGUGACCAGCUACAACUGCCAGUUCUGUGACUUCCGCUACUCCAUGAACCACGGGCCUGAGGUUAUUGUGGUGGCGCCUCUGCUCCGCCACUACCAGCAGGCCCACAGCAUCCACAAAUGCACCAUCAAGCACUGCCCGUUCUGCCCGCGCGGCCUCUGCAGCCCUGAGAAGCACCUGGGGGAGAUCUCCUACCCGUUUGCUUGCAGGAAGAGCGCAUGCUCCCACUGCGUCCUCCUUUUCCUCCAGCUAUCCCCCCAGGGUAGCUCCCCAACUCCCAGGCCCAGCGUCACCCACCUGUGUGACCAGUGUCCCUACGCCACCAGCGACAUCGACCUGCUUCUGCUGCACUACGACAGCGUCCAUGCCACCCACGGCGUGCUGGAGGUCAAGCCCGAGCAGGAGGGAGCUGAAAUGGGGAGGUACUCGGCCCCUAAGGGCCCUCACGGGGAGCACUCAUGCACCAAGUGCCAUUUCAUCACAGAUGUGGAGGAGGAGAUCUUCCGUCACUACAGAAGAGUCCACGGCUGUUGUCGGUGCCGACACUGCAGCUUCACCGCCUCCGACACCUUGUCACUGCUGGAUCACUUCAACACGGCCCACUGCAAAGAGACCUCCUCCUCCCAUCCCUCCGCUUCCUUCGUCACCAUCAACGGCUGCUCCGCCACAACACCCUCCACCCUCAGCAUCAAGGAGGAGAGCAAGGGCGACCUCAAGCUCUACAGUCUGGUUCCCCCAGAGAGCCGCGCCACCGAGGCAGGGCCCAGGGCCGAAGGGGUGAAGAGCGAGGCCCUGGACGAGAAGGAGGCCCAGGGGUCCAAGGGCUGGAUGGAGGCCAGAGAGGCCCAGGUCCAAGCCCACGCAGCAGGCCUUGUGUGGGUGCCUAAGGAGCGGGCCGGGGACAUCCUGAGGGGUAGUCCGGCCCAGUUCCCCCAGGGCGCCCUGAGUCUACUCAACGCCGUGGCUGCCUCCCAGGAGCACCACCACCAGCAGCAGAAGGGGGGUUCGGUGGUGCUCAGGGACUCCCCAGGCCUGGUCUUCAGUCUGGGGGGGAUCGACACCAAGGCCUUCCUUCCAGGACAGACUCCCGGUGGGGCCGACAAACCUGGGCAUCUGGCGCAGCAGUACUCCUCACCCACCGAUGGCAAGGCCAAGGAGGAGUCCCAGUCACUCUUACGGAGACGUCGAGGCUCGGGGGUGUUCUGCGCCAACUGUCUGACCACCAAGACCUCUCUGUGGAGGAAGAAUGCCAACGGGGGAUAUGUGUGCAACGCGUGUGGCCUCUAUCAGAAGCUCCACUCGACUCCCCGGCCGCUGAACAUCAUCAAGCAGAACAACGGCGAGCAGAUCAUCCGCCGGCGCACGAGGAAGCGCCUCAACCCCGACCCUCUGCCCUCCGAACCUGUGGGCUCCAAGCAGCGGAGGCAGAGGGUCAGCAGCGAGGAGCGUCUCAAUGGCAGUCCCCUGGAGCGCCGGCCAGGAGAGGAUGGGCCAGGCUCGGAAGGAAAUUCCCUGGGCCAGUACGAGGCCUACGGGUCCUCUGGGUUCAAGGGUCACCCCAGCCCCCGCUCCACCCACUCCUUCCUAGUUAGCCAAACCCUGGAGAUCCACAAGCGAAUGCCUCCUUUGCACAUACACAACAAGAACCCUGCAGAGGGAGGGGCGGAGGGGAACGGGGUGGGCUCGGCUGGGGUCCAUCACACGGGCUUGGAGGGGAAGGGUAGCUUGUCCUCAGAGAGGGGUAGCCCCAUCGAGAAGUACAUGCGUCCCUCCAAACAGGCCAGCUACUCGCCACCGGGCAGCCCCAUCGAGAAGUACCAGUACCCGUUCUUCAGCCUGCCCUUUAUCCACAAUGACCUGCAGAACGAGUCCGACUGGAUGCGCUUCUGGACUAAGUACAAGAUGUCUGUUCCGGGCAACCCACAGUACCUAGGCCACAUGCCUGGUCUGCCCAACCCUUGCCAAAGCUUUGUGCCUUACCACACCUUUAGCUUGCCCCCACACUUCCCUCUCCCGCCCUCCGCCGGCCCCGAAAGCGACAUCCCUCUCGACCUGGCCAUCAAACAUUCCAAACCGGCACCCACCGCCAACGGCUCCACCGCCUCUGCCCUGACCAGUAAGGAGAGGGUGGACCAGGGCACUCAGGAUGAGCUGACCAGUAAGGAGAGGGUGGACCAGGGCACUCAGGAUGAGCUGACCAGUAAGGAGAGGGUGGACCAGGGCACUCAGGAUGAGCUGACCAGUAAGUGCAUCCACUGUGGCAUCCUCUUCCUGGAUGAGGUUAUGCACGCCCUGCACAUGAGCUGCCAUGCUGACGGAGGACCCUUCCAGUGCAGCAUCUGCCUGCAUGCCUGCGCAGACAAGUACGACUUCACCACACACAUACAGAGAGGGCUUCACCUGCCAACUGUCGAGGCUGAGGCCGAUGCUGAGGCCGAUGCUCCAAAGGAUUCUGUGUGAUUUUGGUGCAUUACAGACUUGGACUUUUAGCACAGGCAUAGCAGUAUGAAAAAGAACAAAAUAAAUGGACAAAAGCGUACUGUAAUGAUUGAAUGAGAAGAAGACUUCUUGCUCAACGUGCCAUGAUAGCUUCUGUAGGGAACUCAUAUCAUCUAAACAUUUAUAUUGGACGUAAUACAGAACAAACGAUUGGCUGUUUCCUUUUUCUUUUUUUGUAAAGGAAAACGCUUUUGAAGAAAAUGGUACUACAAAUAGACGCUUAUUUUUAGUUUUUUUUGCUGUUGUUUCUUUUUUUAUUGGGAAGUGUUACUUUGACAAGGCAGUUCAGCGAACAACAAGGUACAUCUGCACGGGUUGAAUGUUCUCUUACCUGGUUGGUUCAAUGUUCCAAAUGGAAUGAGGAAGUGUGAAUUGAUAUGUAAAAUGGGGAGCUGGGAAACAUCAGUCGUCUGUCAUAAUCUCCUUCACGGUGGAUGGGCAGAGCGAUGACUAGUGAUUGGAUCGUCCUCAAAUAAACGUCCUCAGGGAACGCCCGUGGCUGAGUCAAAAAACAUAUCCUACAGUGGUUUCAGUUGCAUCGGUCUCCACUUAACAUCCAACUAAGUGUCUAUGUUUUAAUGUAUUUUAGUUAUGGAUACUGUUUGUUUGUUUUUUUAUUUUUUGGGAAGUCUAUUGUCACAGAACUUCCUCUAGACAUUUUAAGCUGAAGCCUUAGUUGCUAGGAUACAAACAUUAUAUCACUAAAGACAUUUGGGAUGGAAGAAAAAUGCAAAAAGCAAUAUUUUUUUCUAAGUUGUUAAUAUGAAAAAUUCAUAAUAUCAGUGCCUGAUAUAUUGAACAAAGUAUUUUCUACCUGGUAUGUUGAUAUGCAACAUUGACUUUGCAUUUAGUAAAGGGUCACGAGCUUGGCUCUGCAAAACUGUUUACAUUUGCAAAUGUAGCAAACAAGGUAAUGAAGCAAAAUUCCUGCAAUUCAGAGUAUUUUUCUCUCAUGUGGACAGGACAGGACGAUCACGUAACAAAACAGAGGCCUUUUGUCAGAAGGUUGAAUGGGAGAUGAAAUACAGUCAAAUUAUUUUUUCUGUUUGUUUGAAUGGCACAGAGGCACUAUCCAUUCCAUGUCUUUCUUUGUAUGCUCCUGCUUGUACACUUUGAAAUGCUUUAUUGUCUAUACAGAUGCUCUGUAUUGGACUCUGUUCAUCCUGUAUGCUUUGUUUAAGAGAAGCUGAUAUACUGUAGCUUGGUUAUAAGUAUUGUUCUGUGAGCUUUAUAGCUUUGAGCAUCAUAGGUUUUACAAUCCAGGUAUUUCAACUGACCAUACCGUACACAAGGCCCCAUUUUUUUGGUAUGUCUAUUGCAUUUAUAUAAUACUUUAAUAUUUGGCUUUUAGUCAUUUUGGGACUUGAUUUGAACAUAGCAUGACAUUCUACUUGUUCCAUGUACAGGUGAAAAAGGUGCCUUUUGAUAGAAAGAAGCCAUUGAAUAUCAACAAUGUUGAGUGUUUUGUUCAUCAAAUUAGAUGUAGUGCAACACCUCAACCUGGAUUAUGGCCUUGUGGUCAAAGCAUUUGACAUUAUGUAGAUAGAUUAAUACCAUUUGAGCGACAAAACAAAUGUUACCACACAGCAACAUUAUCCCUCUAUUUAGCUUGUUAGUACUUUGCUAAUAGACCACCUGUUUCGCCUCUAAAAGACUCCCAUUCAUGUGUUUUAUAUAUCUCUCUCUCUCUCUCUCUCUCUCUCUCUCUCUCUCUCUCUCUC